UCAUUUCCCCACACGUUAGUGACGUUACACAUUAACUUAGAAGUACUAUCUACUACUUUCUAGUAAGUAGUAGGUUUAAACAUUAAUUAUUACAGUUGAUUUACCAAGCCAAUAGUAACUGAGCCAAAAGAGUUAUUCAAUUAAUGCACAUAAUUUGGUGAUUUCCCGAUUUGGACUAGCCAUAGGUCAUAAAUAGGUCUACAGGUACAGCCGACAAUAGUGUCAAUAGUUACACUAGUUACAGCGUACGCUUGUUUUAAUUAUUUAUAAGUUUAAAAUAGUAGACUCACUGUUUAAAAAAAAGCUAAAAUCUCUUACAAGACUUGUAAUUCCAGUAAUAUAUCUCUAAUAAGACAAAUAAAAUAAGAUUUGUCGGCUAAACAUAAAGUUAAAGGCAAAGGCAAGGCCUACAGCCACAGCCUACUGAUACUGCCUACUACGUCUACUAAGUAAGGUUUUGAAAACUCUUAUUUACUUAUUUUCAUAAUGAUAAUGGAAACAAGAUGGCGAUGCUUUCUUCGAAAAUAAAAAUGUCUUACUUCACUAAAGCUAUAGUAUAGUAAAUUGUAAAGCAUGACUCUUAGAAACACUUAAAUGUGAAUCAUGACAGUGACAGUGACAGGCAUUAGAAUUAAGCCUAAGCCAAACCUAUUUUGCUUGUUAAUGUGUGUUUUUUUUUCAAAAACGUUUCUUUGGCACUUUAUCAUUUCAUUAUCAGUUGAAACAUCCCUCAAUUCCAAAAUACAGCUUCCGCUUAGAUAGGAUACUUUUCAAAUGAAAAUAAGGCUAAUAAGGUCUUUAAGCGUUGAAAGUAGUGUACAGUGUAGGGAUAUCAUUAAGCCUUAAAUAAGGUAACCAUUCUUACAGUUUUUUUUACCAGGACUGUACUGGUUUUUGGACCUUUGUCAUGACUGACAUGAGCUGAAUCCAGUUCAGUACCCGGUAAAGUUCAAGUUCUGGACUACAAAAAAAAAAAAAGAAAUGUAAUUAAUUUUUUGAUUUGUAUCAAAAAAUUAAACAAAUCUAGUUCAUCUGAUAUCCAGGCAAAAAUAAAAGAAAAAAGAAAAAUUUGUCAUGAAUGACAUGAGAUGAAUCCAGUUCAGUACCCGGUAAAGUUCAAGUUCUGGAAUACAAAAAAAAAAAAAAGAAAUGUAAUUAAUUUUUUGAUUUGUAUCAAAAGAUUAAACAGAUCUAGUUCAUCUGAUAUCCAGGCAAAAAUAAAUGAGACAAAGAAAAGAAAUAUAUUUAAUACAAAUUCAAAUGGGAUGGGCAUGAUUUGAUAAAAAGAAAAUUAAAAAGAAUGCCUCACCGAAAGAAUACCUCUAGGCACUCCUCCGAACGACGGUCUCAAAUGAAAAAUAUUAUACUUUUCAUUAGAAAGUGCCAGACAGCCCUGAAAAUUGGUGAUGUAAUUGUUUACAUCUACAAUUCUGAAUAAAUGAAGAUGUCUUGCAGACUAAGACUAAUAUUGCUUGAACUGUAAUAAUAUAAAAUAAAAAAUAUCAUAACCGGCAGACCACAAAUGAUGGUUAUUAUAGCAAAUUUUUAUUAGCCCUUCCAGGAAGCAUUAUGAAAUGCUAAAAAUGUGGUACUUUUUCAUUUGUUAAUUAAUUAAUUUAAUUUUUAAAGCUGAGAGCAGUAAGAAAUUUUGCCAGCUCUUCUCCAGCUCCAGGCAAAAAGACCCUGGUCCAAACGUUUCGAGCUCCACUCCACAACCCUGGUCACAACUCACAUUUUAUUCUAAGACAGAUUAUACAGUGACACAGUCUAGGUUACUUUUUAAAGUUGUUAACAUUAUUGAAAAUUGUAUGAUUUUCCCAAAAUUAAACCCAAAAUAUGUCUGACAUCUGUUCAUACUUCAUACCAAAUUAAAAUGUUGAAUAAAAACUUUCUUGAUUCUUAUGGUCAAAGCAAAUGCUUUGAUACUUACUGAAAGCUUGCAAAUAUGAUUUCUUUUUUUCUUAUUUUUUUUAUUUAAAAUGAUACUGCAGAAAAUAGGCAUAGAUAAAAUAUAGACCAUUGGGCAUUUUCCCCACCACCUGAAGGUUGCCAGGAUUUCUUUUUUUCUUAAGUUUGGCUCAUUAGGUCUGAAGUGAACCAAAAUUCCUUAAAACAAUUUUUUGAACACCACCUCAUUGCCCAAAUCAAUAGUCAAUAGUAAAAAAUAAGCCACUUGGGAUCUCAUUUUUAUAGUACAAUAGUGUGUACAGUUAUGUUACUUCACCCAAGGAUACAAAAAAUGGGUAUCUUAGUCUUAAGACAAUCAUUAUUUUCUCCGUGAUCCUUUUCUAACUCCUCCAUUCUUUUCCAAUAUUAUCAAAUGUGUUGCUUGAUAUCAAUCUCAGAGAGCUCAUGACCAUGAAGAGUACAUACAAAUGCACAAAACCAUAUUUCCUAAAAUACUAAAACGGCUCUAUUGCAAGAAGUUUACUGCCUACUGUGGGUAAGUUAAAUUAAGCAUAAAAUUACUUUUUAAAGUCUCUCACUACUCUCAAUUCCAUCUUGUGUGUGGUGCGUAAUCUUGUUUAUGCAGCGUUAUUGGUUUGUUUACACACGUGACAUUUCAAGCCAUCUUUGUGCAGUGUUCACCUGGUGAAUAGCUGGAAAAGAAUACUGGGUCCAUGGAGGCGAGUUGACACUUUUGCUCAAAUUGUUAUGGUUGACCAUGUCUGCUUCGUUGAGUAAACAGGUAGCUCAGAUCUACUCUUUAGUUUAAUGCCUAGGUAAAGAGUUAAGUCACUUUAGCCAGGAUUUUGUUUGCAUUCAAUGUUUAAAAAAAAGUAAAUAUUUCUAUUUUUGUCAAUAAUUUAAAGAUUACAAUUUUAAUCCUAAAAAGUCUUUCUAUCAAAGGCAUGUUAAAAAACUCACUAACUAGUAAAAAAUAAUUUACAAAAGUUUUAAAAUGCAUUACCAGUAUGCAAAAUAAGUCUGUGCACAAAAUAUUUUUUUAAAUUUGUAAAAAUAAAACAUUUUAUGUUUUAUCUACAUUCAAUUUGAAUCCUUUGGCUUCAUAGAGUGCUCAUCUUCCAGUCUGAAUAGUCUUUUAUAUCACGGUUCUUUCUUUGUGGAUGUGCCCAUUGUGACUGAAAAUCAUUGAGCAAAUGUUGCAUUGUUGUGGUUGCAAAACUUUUUAAAAAUUUUACCUACAACUUAAGAUAAAAUCUAUUAUUAUAAUUACUGUAUAUAUUCCAUCUAGAGAUACCGGUAAUUAAUUGCUUUAACACCUUCCUUCAAAGAACAGCCAAUAUUUUGUUAAAAUACUGCAUUGUAUUUUGUAGAAUAUUAAUGUGUAACUUUUAUUGCAUUGUUUUAUAGAAAACAUUGAUUACCCCUGUCCUAAACAAAUGAACCCACUUUAAAAAAAACAACUUCAUUCCUCCCCUUAAUCUAAAUCUAUUCCCUUACCCUCACUUCUUUACAGUUCCACCCUUUCCACCUACUAGAGUCCCUAUUACCUCACCUUACCGCCCUACAGUGGCCAUACUGGUACUUUGAAGUUAUUUACUUUCAUAUUUACGUCAUUAUAUCACUUCCAUUUAAUGAAAGCCGUGGGCACAUUCAGCAAGGGUCAAAGUGGGUCAGCGGCUUCAAAAUGUGGUUGUUAAUUUUGAGUUUAUAUUAAGUAACUUUUAGGUACUAAAUUUCAUUUUACAAGAUUAGGGCAUCAAUGAAAAAAUCCUCUAACCCUCAUUAACUUUAGUAUGAAAUUUGUUGGUAAAAAUCCAUAUUUUAAAUUUACUGUUUUCUUUGUUUUGAUGCUGGUGCUAUUUAUUGUAAUAAUUAUCAAAAAACCUAAUCAAAUCACUAGUCACUUGUAUAAGAAGUGUGGGUAAACAGUGAAAUCUUAAGUCUCAGGUAUGGGCAGCUUCAGUGACAACAAAACAAACCCAUCUCCCCAAUUUCAAUGUUCGGUAGUUAAUAAACAAAUAUAUGCUCUAUGGAUCAAUUAUAUUUUUGAAAAAGAAUUAAAAUUGGUGGCCAUGAGACAUGUUUUGUGCGUGUUUAAUUUCCUGGAAUAACCCUGAUUAAAAAUUGCCACUUAAUACAUUGUUUGCCACUAUUUGUCUUUUAAAAUAUUUAAAUUGUUAAGUUGCAUGCAUCUUUAAAAUAAGCACCGGUACCGUAACGCAAGAGGGAUGAGAAUUUUUUUUUAGAAUGAGUUUGCUUUUUAACUACUUAGAGAAAUUCUUUAACCAUGGCUGUGUUACAACACUUUGAUGUUUUGUUGAGGUUACUGCUGCUUUUUUUUAGUUCUUACAAAUUUUAAAAAACCAGCGAAACAGAUUUGUUGGAAAACCAGUACUGUACCUUUAAUGUGACACUUCUAAAUUAAACUAGAAUAAUACAAUACUUUGAAGUAUUCUUCUCAAUACUAAUAUAGGAUGUAUCAAUGAAUUUUAUUAACUGGGUUUAGUGUGUCACAGGAUCUAGAAAGUAUAAAUUGAUAGUAAAAUGGAACAUGGCCGUCCACUGGGAGAUGCAAGAUGUGGGAGUUCUAUUUGUAAAUAGCAUGUAGGCCUACAUUCUGUAAGUCUUCACUUGGCCAGUUAAAUAGGGAGACCAAAAGACAAAGAGAAGUUAGUUAUGGAGCAUCUUCACAUCCUAACACAGGUUCUCCAAAAAUAAAGUAUUACCGGGGUAAAUUUAAAAGGCAACAAUAGUUCAAGUAGUUAUGCUCUUCCCUGGAGAUAUUUAUGAUUAUAAAUACUCAUGCAAAGAAAACAAUCAAUCAUUUGCAUAUAUUCUUCUCACUCAUAAUCUCAUAAGUAAAUUUUUUGAAGUAGUUGUCGAAAGUACGGGUAUAUCAUGAAAAAUUGUAUUAAUUCCUUGCAGCUGUGUCAAGAGAAGUAUGCCAGAUUUUAUUCUUAAAGUUAUUAAAAAUUUGGUUAAAAUUGCUUAGACUUAUGCCUAAAGGAAGGCGAAACCCCAGAACUAUUUUAUGGCUUACUCCCUAUUUAUCCAUUUGAUUUAACCUUAUUUGUUCAAAUUUUUAAAAAUAAGCAAUUAAUUUUUAUUUUUAUAAAUUUAAAUACUCUUAAUAACUAUUAUUACAUAUAUAUAUAUAAUUAUAUGUUUACAUUGACUCAAUAAAAUUAAAAUCAAUUAAAAAUAUUUUAAAAAUUGAUUAAAACUGAAAGUCAAUAUCUGAAUCUUAUGGGAUGUAUAAUCUUGAUUACAGAGGAAGUGUAAUGUCAAAGAAAGAACUAAUACAAUCAAAACUGAACUUCUCUUCAAAGACUGAUUCUCCAGAGGAGAAGCGACUUGCUUUGAAAAGAAAAAAUAGUAAGAAUAUCUUUUAACUUAUUACCUUGAGUUACAUUUGUUAAAUACACAUAACUGCAUAGAAUAUUUAACACUCAGGGUGUGUUUAAGCUUGUAAUAGUAAUUUAAAAAAUGAAGUGUCAGCUAAGGGUCUUAUCAUUAUCAUAGGACAUUCAAACAUGUUUAAAACUAAUUUUUCUGACCUACCUACCACCUGUGGAGGGCAACUUUCUACAGCAGGCCUGCACAACAUACGGCCAGCCGACACGCACUAGCAGCCCGUGAAAUGACGAAAUAUUCUUUAUUCGUAUUAUUUUCUUAAUGGCUUAUUUCCCCCCCCCCCUCCCCCCCGUCAUAUUUUCUUUUGGCCCGCACAAGUCAUGUUCUAUUUUAUUUUGGCCCGCACAAGUUUUUCAUAAAGUAUUACUCGAAAUAUUCUUUAUUCCUAAUAUUUUCUUAAUGGCUUAUUUCCCCCCCCCCCUCCCCCCCGUCAUAUUUUCUUUUGGCCCGCACAAGUCAUGUUCUAUUUUAUUUUGGCCCGCACAAGUUUUUCAUAAAGUAUUACGGCCCGCCUUACAUUUUGAGUUGUGCAGGCCUGUUCUACAGAGUUCAUUUUCUGCUAUCUUUCUUACAAUAUUUCUUUUAUUAAUUUGUCCUGAUUGAAAAAGAAUGGUUUGUGGUUACUGCCACUUAAAUUAUUUUUUUGUCUAAUUUUCCAAAAUUAAACAUAUUUUUUGCUUUUUAUUGAUUUUUUCUAAUAACUUUAUUUAGCCUUCCCACCCCACUCAUGCUUUGACAAAAAGUCUUCACUCUUUGAGAAAAAGUCCUCCAUUUAAUGCCAUUUGACCUUUUAUGGAUAAAUCUUGUCAUCUUAACAAGAAAAAAGACACAGUAAAGAAACAUGCUGUGUUGCAAUACAGCAUAAAGUAAUAUUUUAAAUAUUGCAAAAUUACUGCUUCUAAUUAUGAAACAAUGAAAUUUCAAUGCUGCCCUAGACGUAUUACUUUUUCAUUUUGUUUUUUAACAAGAGUAAGACCAGUGGUUGGCAACCCAUGGCUCCAAAACUGCUUGCUGUCCUUGAAUAAGUUAAAAAUAACAUACACCGCUUCAGUUAGGACCAGCAUCAAACAAAACAAAAAUGCAAUUGUAUUAGAUUUUUAGAUAUAGGUUAUGUAAUAGAAAUUCCCACCUAAUUUUUAAAACGACAUGCCCAUGUCAAAAAUUUUUAUAUUUAAAUUUGUUUUAAAUUAAUAUAAAAAUUGUGUGGCGCAUCAUGAAUGAUGUGGCACUUUUGAUUUCAUGUGCAUGUAAUUAUAAGACUUAUUUAUGAAUGACCCAUUGUAUUACAUGUGGAUAUUUGAAGACAUGUAAUUACCCGUACUCCAAAAAUUUCUGACAAAUUCUAAAAUGGCAAUAAACAAAUAAAUAUAGAGAAAAUUAUGGGGGUCAGUUGCUCCUGGUAUCUAGGAGUCAGUUGCACUCCUGGUAUCUGCAGCUGCUCCUCCUUUAUUGGGGUGUCAUUUACACUCUCUGUAUCAGGGGUCGGUUGCUCCUGGUAUCUAAGGAUCAGUUGCACUCCUUGCAUCUGAGGUAAGUUCCUCUUGGGGUAAGUUGCUUCAGUCAGUUACCAGAAAUUUGUCUGAUGGAAAAUUGUUUGAAUGGAAGUUUGUUCAAAAUGAAAUAAUGGGGGGAAAAGAAAAUGUUUAUUAAAAUGUUUCAUUUUCCCCAUUAAUCACUCGCAACUCCCCUUUAAAAAAUAUGUUAAAAAUAAUUAAAUAAAUCUCCAUUUAAUAAAUUUUAUUUAGAACCAACUUUCAUUCAUAACAAAUUUCAGUUGAACCAAUUUAUUUUUAAAGAAUUGCGAAUACCGCUCCAGGUAUCUGAGGGUCAUUUGCUCCUCGUAGGUGAGGGUCAGUUGCUUCUGGUAUAUAGGAUACAGUAGCUCCUGGUACGUUGUGGCAUCUAACCCCUCUCGCUUAUAAAUUUUUCUUUAACCUCUAUGCUUAGUUUAAUAUGUUACAAUUUUUUUUUUUAAUAUAUAUUAUAUAAUUUACUGAGCGAUGUUUUGUACUAAUCAUUUUAAAAAGUACUUUUCAUUUAUCUCGUGUUCAACUUAUGAGUUGGAUCAAAUUAGGCAGAAAUCAGUAGGCCUAUAGCUCUGUCUUUAUGACAUCAUCCUCAUCCCAUAUGUCAGCAUGGCAUCCCAACCGUUAUAUACCGGUAUGUCAGCAUCAUCAUCCCAACUACAUACAUGUCAGAAUCAUUAGCUCAAUUGUCAUAUAUAUUAACAUCGUCAUCCCAAAAGUUAUAUAUUCCAGCAUUAUUAUACCGUCAUACAAGUCAGCAUUGUCAUCCCAACGGUCAUGUGACUUUAUUCCAAAUGUCAUAUAUGCCAGAUCAUCAUCCCAACUAUCAUCUAUGUCAGUGACUGUAUCCAAAUGUCAUAUAUGUCAACAGCAGCACCCCAUGAAUCCCAUCUGUCGUACAUCACAGUGACUUUAUCCCAAAUAUCAUAUAUGACAGCACAGCAUCAUAAUCCUACCUACCGUACGUGCAAGUCAUUAUCUUAAUCCUAACUUCAUAAACUUCGCUAGUGGGUGUUAGUACAUCCUGGAAACAUAUAAGCACAUGCUGUACCGGUAUAAGAAAAGUUUUAGGCAGUUGUUUUUUAGAGGGCCGCAUGGCAAUUAAAUGUGUUGGCGGGUCUCGCUAUAACUAUAAUAUAAUGUAUAGGCAUCUAGAGUUGGAAAUACCAUGCUUCUUUUUAACAGUUACCGGUAUGUUCCAAUGCUUAUGAAAUCAUUAAACUUGUUUGACGGGUCCAUAUUUUUCAGAGAAUAAAAGAUUUACUUUUUCAAUCAUUACAGUUACCCAGUAGCCUUUAUUACACUCUGGUUACCGUACCGGUACUAAUUUAUUAUUUUAUUUUAUAGAUAAUCAUUCACAAUUUGUCACGAUGACAUUAAUCCAGUAUCCGGAAUGUCUUGCAGGUGGAUUAAACAUUUCAGCGAGUCGCAUGUGGGCUGUAAAUUGCCCACUCCUGAGUUGAAGAUUUUGAUGAGCUUAUGCUCAGAUAGAAAAUAAAUGCCGCGUGAACCCUUGGUAAAAUUCAUACUCUCUUGUGGUGGAAAAAAAUAUGUUCUUGAAGGAUUGUAAUCUGGGCGUAGCGAGAGUUUUUGGCGCCGUGGGACAAGAUUCGCGCCUGAAGAUAAGAUUAAUUUAAAGCGCCCCUUUUUCUUUUUUCAACUCUCAAACUCAAACCCAUUAUUUUCAUCAAUAAAAUAAUAUCAAAGCACAUUUUGGCGCCCCUAACUAGCUGGCCCCCGGGGGACAUCUGUCCAGGGUUUCUUUCAGUUAUAUAUCGGGGGGGGGCAGCCCCGGGGAAGGCAAGUGCCCCCGGAGCAAAAAUAUGUCCAACAAUAAAUCAACUGGCACUGACCCCCCCCCCCCCCNCCCCCCCCCCGGAUAAAACUGAAGUGCCCCCGGGGGGAAAUUUCUGAAAUAAUCACUGCAUCUGCCCCCCUCGCUACGCCUCUGAUAGGCUACGUCAGGCAUAUGGAGGUGGGGAGGGGGUGAUUAGGCUAUCUCCUGCAGCAGGCCGAGUAUACUAUUACAGGGUACCUCUGUUUUUACUUUGACUUUGAUCACCGAAUAAGCUGCUCUUACAAGUCGAUGGCAGUUUUUUUUACCAAAAAUUAUGAAAUAUGACUCGUGUAUGAGUCCAGGGUAGUAAUUGGGGCUAUUGACAUAUUUUUUACCUAGCAGCAACUGCUGCACUAUAUGCUAAGCUAUGGCGGUGUCAUGAGACCUUCUAUCCCUUGCAGUCAAGUGACAUCCCCGCGAUUUUCAGUGUUUUCUCUCCUCCCGACGAUAGAGGCUGGCGGACUCUGCAGUCGGCGAUGAUGCAUGUGGCUAGCUACUGUACCGUAUCAGAUUUCAGCCAAGCAUCAAAAUCUGUUCUGGCUAUGUGUGUGCGUACAUCGUGUCUGUGUCAAUUUACAGUACCGGAAAGUAGGCCUACACUAGCCCUACCGGUAACUCGACAUUGCCAUUUUGCAUCGCAUUCUACACAACUCAGUCACAAACUGUAUCGAAACAAGCCGUGACCGUGGAUAAGUCGACCACGCUUUUUAAAUUAAGUGUAUAAAUAAAAUUUAUCAACUUAUACACGAGUAGGGCCUAUGUACCGAAUCGUAAUUCUUUCCUUUUAAAUAAAAUCAAUUAAUACCAAAGAAACCACCCCUGAUUUAAAAAUGUAUUUAAUUUGCCGUCAAGCACAGGCCUACAAGAUUGAGACAUUUUAGUUAUAGAAUUCAUGUACGGUAAUGUAGACCUUCACCGGGGGUCGGCGAACAUGGGUAAAUUACCCCGAAAUGGGUGAAACGAAAUUAAACCUUGGUGGCAAUGAGGGCUCAAUUUCAAUAAACAAAAUUAUAUAAAAAGAAAGUUUUGUCCUAGCGACACUACUUUAGGCCAGUGUAGUAGAGAAACGCACCGCGCAUGGCUCUGCCCCUAGCAUUGACUAGCAUAAAAUCACGCCUGUGCUUUUGGCCUAGUCGCUAAAAAUUGGGUUACAUUGUUUAAUCGCAUUUGUUUUAUGCUUCAUACUUUCUUAAUAAUUUAGCCUAUUGUAAUCACCGUAUGAAUAGAUUUAAUUAACCAUAUUGAAACUAUUGAAAGUAAAUAGUAGGCUAUAUGAUUUUCUCCAUCAAAUUGAGGUGGCCAUUCAUCGGCGUAAACCGUAAACAAAUAAAUUUUGUAGUCAGAGCCAACAAAAUUCCCCGACCCCCUACAGUUCCACUGCACACUGACGGUCUUCUGUUAUUUUUGGAAACAUUCUUGUCUCACUUCUGCUUUAAAAAUUGUUUCGUUUAAAUCAUGUUUGGCUAGCCUCUGUUUUCUUUCAGUAUCAUUCACUGACGUGAGUUUGUACAUCUUUGAUGAUUAAAGUUUGAUCAGUUACGCCCCUGUUUUACCGUUGGCUUGAAUGUGUCCAGUAUGCGGUCAGUGGCUAUUGCACCACGCCGUGUCAUUGUUUUUGUUGGUCAUUUCCUGUUUGGUCCCUACAAUUUUUAUCACAGACACUAUGAGAUAGGAAACUACUGAACGGUCUUGAACACUAAUGUUAGUGUCAUUUGAGAUUUACAUGGUAAAAUGUCAUAAAUAUAUAUUUAUUACGUCUUUUAUUAAAAUUAUGUAGGCCCAAAAAGAAGUCCAACCAAAGAUAAUGACAGUUAAUUGAAUUGGUAUGAUGUUGACCAUGGCCAUGACUUCAGAAUGAGUCACUUUUUAUUUUUGUUGUUAAGCCCGGUAGUGCUAAUUAUUAGCAACUACUAAAGUUUACAUUUUCAUAUGUGAAAUCUUUAGCCCUCUUUCAUUGAUCAGUAGGCGUUUUGUUUGUUGUCAUUUUUCUUCGUAUUUUUAUGUUGUGUUGCUAGGAUAUAACCACAAUCUCUUUUACUGAAACUGAAAUGCACUUGCCGACUUGCAGCAUUGUUCCCAGUGAGGUUAUACUGUUGUUUCAGAAUCACAUCCUCCAAUUAAGGAAAAAAAAGAAGUAAAAAAUCAAACUUUUAGCAAAUCUAAUAUCUUUUUGUGGCCACUUACCUAUAACAUAUUUUGGAGAUUACCAUGUUUUAUGAAUUAUGACAUAUGCAUGUGACAUAAUGUAAGCUGGAACUUGGCAGUCUUUUCAGAUCAAAUUUUAGAUAAUUUAUCUGAUACCGGGUAACCACCAAGUAAUCAUUUGAAUACACCUGUCUCCCUACACUUGUGACACACACACACAUAUAUAAGAAUGAGCUAAGGUAUCUAUCCAUUAUAAGGCUAAAAAAUAAAUCAAUUUAAAUACUUUUGAAUUCUUUAAAAGACUGAUAGAGAUUUUUUAUUAUUUUAUGGAAAUCAACACCUUCUUGUAUCUAAUUAUAUUUUUAAGUAUUAUAAUUAUUAUUGUAUAUUAGAAAUACAUUUAAAAUAACAAUUAAAGAACUAUUUUAAGUAUUUUAUCCUUAUUGGAAAGUUAAAACAUUCUUUUUGUUACCGGUACCGUAUCAAUAAAUUAUUGUCUAAGUAGUAUUUCUAUUAUUAAUUCAUAAUCACAUUUAUCUGGAAAACCGAAAACAUGGGGGGGGGGGGUUUAAUUUGCAUUGUUAAUAUUGUGAAAUUAAAAAAUUAAAUGUAAACUUAUGUUAAAAAAUGUCUUCAAACAGUAUCAAAUUAAAAUUUUCGUGAAUUCAAAACAAGAAAAUUACGGUAGUAUAAUCUUAUAAGCACUUAAUUUAAACUCGCCAGUCACAAGCUUUAAAUUUCCUUGAUAAACUGAUGUCUUUUUUCAUUUUUUAAAAUGAAUUCAAUGAACACUAUUGCUUUUUAAUUUGUUAAUAAACCACACCAAAUUUUGGCUUUGUAUUUUUAGCAUUUAAUAUUUUUUAAUUAUUUUACAUUCCAAAAAUGUGCUUUUAUUCAUUUUAUAAAGUAAUAAAAACAUAAUGUUAAAAAAAAAUUUUUUUAAAAGAAUAUCCCAUUUAAUCCAUUAAGUGUUACAAAAAUGUAUAGCCAAAUACCACUCACUAAUUCAUUUGUCACUCAUCCAAAUAAGAACAAAUCAUAUGAAGUUGCAAUUGGUUAAUUUUGAUAUCUAUCUCAAAACCCAAUAAUGAUACAGAUUUGAACUUUGGUAUAGAUUUUAAUAUUAAAAUAAAUACCGGUAACCAUAAUCUUUCUUUAUACCGCAUUAUGCAUAGAAAUAUUUUUUUAGAAAUGAAAUAAUGUGUGGUAAGGCUACUGUUACCAUGCGCAUAAAUCAUCUAGAAAAAGUUAGCGCCCCCCCCCCCUCCCUCAAAAUGUCACAAACCUCUGCACACCCCCAUCCCCCUAAAAAAUCCCUCUGUCCACUACUGUCCUUAACAAACCCUAAAAAUGUCCACCUCAUAUGGAUGUCAAAAUGCUGCACCUGUGUCAAAAACAUUCCCCUAGUACGGUGGUUCUUAAGCAGGGGUUAAAGCAACCCUUGAGGUGCGGAAGACCCAGAAAAUGCUAUUUGCUGCCAUUGUUAGUUGUUGCUGCCUUGUUUAAAAAAUCAAGUUUUUACGCAUUUUGAUACGCAGCAGUAAAUGUUUUUUCUGGUGAAUUUUGUUUGUGCAUUACUUGUAUUAGUUUUUUUUCUUGUUUCUAGGAUGUUAAUUAGAGAACUAACACGACAGGAACUAUAUUAUUAAUUAUUAUGAUUUGAACAUUGUAUUACAAUAUAAUUUAUACAAUGUGGGGGGGGGGGGUGUUUUGAAAUUGAGAGGGGGUGCAGUGCUGCAAAAUAUUUAAGAAUCCCUGCUCUAGAACAUUUACUAAGAUUACCCCCCCCCCCCCCCCCUCACACACACAGAUCAACCAUUUUUACUUCCCAACUAUGACCACAAAACUGUAAUCAGACCGGUUGUAACAUACAUAAACUUAGAGCCUUACAAAAGCGUCAGAAUACCUAUUAAAUACAUACAAUGGAAAAGUUCACCAGAAAUAUAUGGACCAACAAAGGAUGAAUAUGGAUGGAGAAUACAAACCAACCACGAAUUGUACAGUCUAUGUCAGGAUCCCAAGCUAGUAGCAGCAAUAAAAAAAAAGGGCAGGCUACGCUGGGCAUGACUAUUGCAAAGAAUGCCAAAUGACAGAGGAGUGAAGAGGGUGCAUCACCAAAACCCAAGAGGAAAAAAAUGUCAAAAGCAGACCUAGGCUUAGAUGGAUGGAUGAUGUAGAAAAAGAUCUACAGCAGCUGGGAAUCCAAGCAUGGAAAAGAAAAGCAUUAGUUAGGUCUGAGUGGAAGGAAGCAGUGAGGCAGGCCAAAGCCCUACAUGGGCUGUAGCGCCACAGGGAUGGAUUGAAUUCUAUGACUCCUGUCUCCACUUUUCGACAAUAAUUCUCAUGACUGUCAAUGUCACUACACCCUGAUUCUACUCCUCAGUGCCUGCUUGUAACUUGAUCAUUUUUCUGACCUUGCAUACCUGCACUGAUUCGUUCAGUGAUCAUAGUUUCAAAAUAAUUAUAAAUGUAUAGAGAAUAACGUUAAAAAUAUCCGUAAUCCAGUGAAAUUUUUGUCAAUUAUGAUUUACUUUUAAAAUGACGUCACAUUGCUGAAAUCCCCUUUCCCUUUUCACACAUGUUCACAAAAGUGAAAAAGAGGGGUUAAAUUUUCUUUUUAAAAAUUAAUAUAUUUCAAAUAUAGUUUAAUUGCAUUGACAAAUUCUGGGUACAUUUAAAUAAGUAUACCCACAACUAAAUAAAAAAUCAUUUUACACACAUAAAAAUCUUAAAAAUAGAGACAUGUUUUUUUUUCCUUCACAUUUUAGGGGUGUGAAAAAAGAUGGGUUACAAUUCUCUUUCAAAAUUUGAAAAUUUUUUUUUUCCAUUUGCAAAAAGUAAAGUUCAUGGAAAAGUCAGUGUAAAUUUUUAUGAGAUUAAUAUUUAUUUUAAAACUAAAAUCAAGGCUGUUUCAAAGGUGAAAAUGGGUUAAGAGAUUUUUCUAUAGAUAUGAGAGUUCUAUGUUUUAUGAUUUUCCAAUAAUAGAGUAGAGACACGAGGCAACAGAUUGGUUACAUUUGUAGUGAAGAUACCAAUAUAUUAAAUUCUGUUAAUGUUGAAGAUAUUUAAAAUGGUUUAUAGAUUUUUCAAAAAAUAAAUUUAAGGACAUGUUUUUACAAUUUUUAGAGAAAAUAAAAUUGUAGUUCAGGUGUGCAAAUAGGGGAAUGGUAGGCUUAUAUUUUAUAGCGGCUGAAUAUUUCUCAGCACUAAAUGAUGCAAAGAUACUUCUUUUUAAAAUAAGGAUUAACUAUUUCCUAAAUAUAUAUUUCAAGGACGUGGAAUAUUGUCGUUUUAAAAUAUUAUAGGUACCGGUAUAUAAAACAUCAAAAUGUGUUUGAGCUAUGCAUGUAAAAAAUUAGGAUUUUUUUUAUGUUGAGACUUCGCAGUAGCAGGUAGCAAGGAUUGCAAAUUGCCUACCUACCAUUAUUAUUAUCCCCACUACGUCUUUUCACAUCUUCUAGUUUUUAAUAAUAACAGAAGCAAUGAUAACACUUACAGCUGUGACCAAUUUCUUUAAAAAAAACACCAUCCAUGAAAUGAGAAGCUUUUAUCUGGCCCACUAAGUGUUCAAAAAAUUCCCUAUCACUAUUUGUUUUAGUGCAAUACUUUUAUUUUCAGGUGAUCCAUUGGAAACCAGGGGGAAAAGGCUCAAUAUGAGUUACUCAGAUGCUGUUGCUGGUCAUGGGUGAGUACUGGAUCUUCUUAUUCUUUCAGAUUAUAAUUUGUGUACCUUUGUGUUUCUACUGAGUGAUACAACAAAUAUUUGUGUACCUUUGUGUUUCUAGUGAGUGAUACAACAAAGUGAUACAACAAAUAUUUGUGUACCACUGUGUCAGACCUGUUUACCCUCAAACUCUUAAAAUCGUACAAUAUCAUCACAUAAUUGUUCAGUACCUUAUAUUUAUAGUAAAAAAUAAACAUACAGUAUAUAUAAUGUUUACACCUCAAAAUCGUACAUUGUACGCCAAAAUCAUAAGAGUAAACAGGUCUGCUGUGUUACUACUGAGUGAUACAACAAAUAUUUGUGUACCACUGUGUUACUACUGAGUGUUACAACAAAUAUCUGUGUACCAUUGUGUUACUACUGAGUGUUACAACAAAUAUCUGUGUACUACUGUAUUACUACUGAGUGAUACAACAAAUAGCUAAGUCCAACAAAUUGGAGAGCUUUUAAAGGUCUUAACAGUCUGAUUUAAUAGCAACGUUCUGUUAUUUAUAAUGAUGCUAGAUUUAUGCUGUCUGCUUUCAGUAAGAUCCAGACAAAUAAGUACUUUUUUAACAUCACCCUUCCAAAGAUAUUUGGUUUUAUUUCAAAUUUGAAGUUAUCAAAUACAUUUUUAACAUGCCACAUAAUAUGUUGGGUUUCAUGUUAUUUAUUCCAUUCAUGAUGUAAAGAUACUUCAUUUCUAGCAGUGAGAUUAGGUAAAGUGAUUUUGUUAAUAAACCAUCAGUACAUUCAGCUAAAUAAAGUGCAACAUCCAAUUUUUGAAUAUUUUGUGUGUGUGUAUCUCACAUAGAAUGCACCGUUACUUGGUUCCCAGAUUAAAUAUUAUAACAAUUUUUUAAUUAGUUGUUCUUUGCAAUGUCUAUAUCAGCUUAUUUUUAAUUUUGUGGGGGAUAAAGAUCCAUGGAUAAUGUUAGGUGUCUGAAUAGAGAUCAUGGAACAGUAUUCUUAACUUUUCAGAUACCAAAGCUCUUUAAAUUUCUUCAAGUUCAUUAGAUUUUUAUGAAAUACAGUGUCCCAGCAUUUUUAAAUUUAUGUAUUUAUUUUUAGGAGAGGAAAGAAUCAUUGCAAUAAAGGUAAGAAAUGCUUAUGAGUAACGACUUCAUUUCAUUGAGUCUUGUUGUACUGCUAUCAUUUACAAUUGUUUAGCAAGUGUUAAAAAAAUACAUAUCCAAUUUAGAAACUUAACAAAUUUUCAUGACAAAUUUCAAUGAUAAACUUUAAAAUUGCUUAUAACUUUUGUGCAUGAACUAUUACAAUUAUUAAAGCAAACAGAAUUUCAAUUUUAAUUUCAGAAUUUCAAUUAUAAUUUCUAGAUAGUGCAAAUGAAACCAGAUGUAUUGAUUUUUUUUCAUCUGUGAGGCAGUUGUGAAAGGAUAAGAAUGGUGAAAUUGUAAAUUUUGAAUACUGAUACAUAACUGCCGUGAAUAAAAAAUCGGGGAUUAUGAUUGCAUGUUGCCAUUAAAGGAUAUGAGGCAUGGGGUGGGUGGUCGCAACCUCAUGCCAAUGAUUCUAUUGACACAACAUUGAGGAAGCUGUUCCUAUGCAACCGUUUCGCCUCAGCUGCUUCGUAAAUUAGUUGCUAGGUUUUAUGUGGAAAUCCCUAUUACAGGUCGUCUGAUGCUUCCCUGGGAUGGGAAGGGGGGGGGGGGAUGCUAUUGAGAGUAAACAGGGAAUGUGCAAAUGACAGUUAUAUUUGUUAAUAAGAUCUACUGUAAAGUGUAAGGAGUUAGUUGGUUAGUCCAUUUGAUAACUUGAGAUCCAGUGAUAUCUUUUUUUCUUCUUAGCCUUUCUCACACCCAAUGGAGCAUAGGCCAUCCACAGUAUUAUUCCAUCUGUCUCUGUCUUGGGCUAUCUUUGCUAGUUCAGUCCAAACUUUUCUUCAUUCUCUUCACCUCUGCCUCAAAUCCCCUCUUCAGGGUUGCUCUUGGUCUUCCUAUUUUCUUGGUUCCUUGAGCAUUCCCAUUCAGGACCUGACUUAUGAUGUCAGUGUUUGGUUUACUUAAUGUGUUCCCUAACCAUCUCCAUUUUAUCUUUUGUAUCUCCGUUUUCACUGAAACACUUGAUGUUCUCUCCCAAAGGAUAGUGUUAAAAAUUUUGUCAAACCUUCUAAUUUUGAGGAUCCUUCGCAAGCAUCUGCUUAUAAAAACCUGCAGUUUUUUAAUGUUUGUUUUUGUUGUUCUCCAAGUUCACAGAAGAGUUGCCUUGACAUUUGAGUUGAACAUUUUUAACUUUGUUUUUGUGAGUAUUUCACUUGAGUUGCAGAAGUUUCACAGAGCACUGAAUGUUCCUCUGGCCUUUUGGACUCUAGACCUUGUUUUCAUCUGGUCUCUCUCUUUCUCUCCUCCCCCCCCCACCCCAAAAAUUUAUAUAUGAUGCUUCCCAGGUAUGUAAAAGUUUCAACUUCUUCAAGAGAUGCUCCUCUCAAGUUAAUCCCAAUGACCCCAUCAGCUGCGUUUAUUCUUAAGGUCUUGGUUUUCUCUUUAUUUAUGCUAAGUCCAACUUCUUCUACAUUUUGAGGGCCCAUGAUCAACGUAUUGAUUAUUCUGGCUCCUAUUUUUCAGAGGGGGUCGCAAUGUAACUGUGCAUGGUUUUGAAAGGCAUACUUGUUGCAAGGGCUACUCAGCAAUGGUAACUGGGGGUUGGAAGACAGGAGGCAACAGACGCAAAUGUAUCAAGUGUAGUUGCCUCACUAGGUCCCUGAUUGUCUUUGGCAGGAAGGAGCAGUUCCUAUACUGGGUUCUCACUGCCUGUCAUGGCCUUGUUGCUAUCUAUGGGGGAGAGGGAUGAGUUUCUGUUUAUUGCUGGAGCAGUGAACCAGCCCUUUUUUUAUCUUGGACAUCAUGGAGAGCCUGGAUAGUUGUCGUCGUUCCUCCAACUGUGACUAGCCCAGUGUUUCCAGCAUGCUGCUUUGUUUCACAGAUUGCAUUGUGAAAAAGAUGGAUGUCGAUUGGGAAUUGAAUUGAUAGGAGUUUAAGUGAUGUAAAUUAAGGGCAUGGUUGUGAGACUAUGAUUCCUUACCCUGACAUUAUAUGUAUGCUUAGGACCAUUCUGCUCCAUGAGAAGCAUCUAAAACAACAAAUGACUGGAUGUGUCAAGGGAUGAGAGCUUAGUGUGAAUGCUUUUGGUGCAUGACUUGAACAUAUGAGUUGUAUUUUUAUAUAUCUAUAUUUCAUAGGUCAAGGAAUUAAAUUAGUGCAUGUGCAUUUAAGGUGUGUGAGCUCGAUAGGAUAGUUAGUUCUAGUACAUCAGGGGCAGUAGUUCAUGUUAGUUCCCCAAUAGUUCAAGUUGAGUUCUUGUACAGCUGUAGUCUUUUAGUGAGUCGUCAGUGGCCGGAAAAGUACUAUUGAAAGUCCUCGUGGUUAUUAAGUGGACAGUAUUCAUUGUUUGUAACUUGGUGUGAAACACCUUUUUUUAUGAUGUAAAAGAUAACUCUCACAUUUUUAACACAGAGCAAAUUUUAAUAUUAAAGAUCAGAACUGUGGUAUUUUAUCAAGUGGUGUUGCUGUCGUUAUUGGUAGCAAGUAUUGGCAUGACUCUUACGAAAGAGUUCUGCUGUAAUGUUGUUGAAUCUAGACAAUGAAGCGAGGAGAAAUCAUAUUAAAUCAACACAAUAUGUACUCUUAUUUACUACCAUUCAAAUUGAACGCACUUUAACAAGAAGUUGAAGUUUUAAAAAAAAUGUAUGUGACUAUUUGUUUUGAGAAAAUGACUCUGAUACUUUAUUCCAAAACAUUGAUGGAUGUUACGUUUUUUGGUACUUUUAACCAUUUACCAACUUUAAAGAAGAUAUCUACACUGCCAUAUGCAAUUAUUAAACUCUCUAAAGGUGAACCUCGGGGACCAUCAACACACGGUAGGGGGAAAGAUUUAGACAGUAGACAUUCUCGCAACAGCUUACCAUUUGAAGGACCCAAUGUGGGGCUCAAAGAAGACUCAAAUUUUUCAUGUGGACCAUCUACAAGCAAUGACAGGAAGAGCAGUGACAGCAAAGAUGAAUAGUAAGCCUGUACAUUUUUAUUGUGUCAUGAAAAUACUAAACAGUGAUAAUUUUUUUUUUUAAUGUAUUUAAUUUUACUAGCGUUAUAUCCUCUUUUAUGUAGAAGUAUAAAAAUUAAAUAUAUUUUUUAUUUAAUUCCUUUCAAUUUCAGCCGUCAUCGCCAAAGUGAACAUUUUCAUUCAAGUGGAUCAGAUAGGGUAGCUGAAGAAAAAUCAGGAAGAAUGGUUAGUUUGAUUGCCUUUAUAAUAUUUUCAUUGAGUUAGUGAUUUUGGCAAUUAUUUUCGGGAUCUCGCCUAGAAAUUCUUAUGUUUUGAAAGAAAAAAGUUUCCCAUUAAGGUUCAUAUGUAAGUAUUGUCAAUAUGGACAGUGACAACAUUUUUUUAUAUUUCUUGUGAGUUUUUCUGGUCUUGCUGUGAAGAAAUGACUCAAACUUUGACUACUGUAAUUGUCUUCUUUCUGUAUGGUUAAAUGUAUUGUAAAUCUAAAUAUUUCAUUUCAGGAUAAUGUUGAGGACAAGAAGAAAGAACUAAAUCCCAAGUAUUUGCCUAAGCUGAACCCUCGUAAUUUUGAAUGGCAUAAAAUAUUUUUCGACCUUGAGGUUAGUUAGCUCUCUUCUUGUGUAGGAAUUUCAUUUCCUUGAAGACUGUUUGAGAGAUUAAUUCUAUGCUCAAGUUAUUAUGUCUCACAAUAUUCCUGAAACAAGUUUACUUACUUAAAACCAAAAGAAACCCAUUUUCUUAGCCAAUCAGAGAGACCUAGUUAUAUCCUUUGUAUGUGUUUAAUUAUUUGUUUGUUUUUGCAGUCAGUGGAUAUGAAGCGACCGCCCAAGCCUUAUCCUGAUUCAUAUAGGGAUCAUUGGGAUGAAAAGUCUGACAAGUUUGUGUUCAUGCCGUGUUCAGCUCGGAGUUAUAUGCCUUCAGGCUCAGGGGUAAAAUAAUCUGGUUUUUGUUCAAAUCUAAAAAUUAUAAUAAAAACAAUGUCUUUUUUUUAUAUUAUUAAGGCAAUAAUUACUGUGUUUGAUAUCAUUUGUUAUAUUUUUUCCUGUUAAGUUCAAAAAAUAUAUAUAACGUACCUGUCACCUUCUUGGCAUCAAAUGUCUUACUCAAGACUAAUUUUAACAAACCCCUGCACACACAUAAAUGCAAUUUACUAAUAUUGUCAUUAAUUCUGUAACAUUACCCUUUAUUAUGAUUAAUUAGUAUAUUUUAAUUGCACAACAUAAUUACACACAUUCCUAUUAAUUAACAUAUUUAGACACAUACCUAUUUAUUAUUUUAUUAUGUUUUUUUCUAAUCAAUUGAUUUGUCAAUAUCUUACUUAUCUGACUGAAAUGGUAACUCAUCUUUAAAGAAUGGAAACAGCUGUAAUUUUAGUUGUAUUUUGAAAGUUGUGUUAAAAAGUUGUUGUUUUUCUAAUUUAAAAAAAAAAUGAUGUAUUCAAUUGGUUUUUGUUUGUGCACUGUUGGAAAUGGAACAAAUAAUGGUGAUUGGGGGUAACUGCAGCAUGUAGAUAAUAAGUUGGGUUAAUUAUUGCUUUUCAUCUCUCUCACUUUGUAAUGAAGGGAGUGAACUCAUUCAGAGUCACCAUCAUGUAAGUUUUAUUCCUUAACUGACUUGUAAAAUAUUGUAAAUUUUAAUUUGACAAGAUGUUUGAGGGACACAAAGACGAAAAUGACUCUUGCCUUUUAUAAUAUGACUGUCUUUAUUGAUUUCUUUUCAUAAACUUAAUAUUUCACUUUAUUUCUAGUUUGGUACUGUUAAUAGAUGGGAGAGGAUUCAAGUUGCUCUGAGUAAAAAUAUUCCUGGUGUCUUUGAGUUAGAGGUUAGACAUUUCUUUUCACUUAAAUAGGAAAUCCUAAAUGUGUAGGGGUUUUUUACCCAUGCAUUUUAAUAUGAAGGACCUGGGCUCAUUUUUAACAAUGUACUCAGAAGAAACGCUUAUUAAAUUUACCAUAAACUUUUUAAUUUUUUAAAAUGUUAAGAAAAAAAAUAUUUUAAAAACUCAUAGAGAAAUUCAUUACAGUUUUUGGAAAUUUCCAACUAUUGUGUGUUACAAAGUUGCGAUAUUUUAACAUUUUCAAUAUGCAUACAUUAACCAUUCUAGGUAACAAAACUACCCUAUGAAUAAAAUUCAUAUAUCUUUGUAUUUAAAAAUAAUGUCAUCAAAGUUAAAUAAAAUCAAACAGAUUUGCCUAGUUUUUUUACAUGACUUAAUGUAAUGGUAGAGGGAUUUUAAUCAAUUGAAACUAAUAGCUGCACAACAAUAAUUGCAUUUUGUAUGAUGUGCAGGUUUACUGUUUUCACACAAUGCAUUUUUUACAUAUUUAAUUUGCCUUUUUCCCCCACAGGAAGUGAUAUUGUCCUACAAUCAACAUUAUGAGAAGAAAUGGAACUUUCAUUCACUAUAUGAAUAUUUUGAUCAGGUUAACAAGAAAGAUUUUAAUUUGGAGUCAUACUUUGUGUGGAAUCCAUUAUUUCAUUUUAAAUCUAAUAAACAUAUUAACAUUUUUUGUAGGAAAAGAUACAUUUCUAACUUCUAGUGAAAGAAAUAAAAAUGCUAAAUACUGUAGAUUUCUUAAUAGGGAGGAUUUUAAAAGGUUCAGGUAGUUGGAUAAGUAAGUCUUGUUCCUUAUCUCAAAUAGCUUAUUGAAAUAUAAACUUACUCUUACAAUGUUUAAAAAUUUUUUACUAAAUUAACAAAUUAUUAUUUGUAAUGGUAUUUAUUUCAGUUGAGGGAUGAAGAUAAAGACAGAUUUUUCCAGGAAACCCUUCCAGAAAUGAAGAGAUUGGCUCUCAAGUUGCCAAUCAUUUGCACAGAAGUAAAUAAGUAUUUAUAUUUGUACAUUUAUUUUAACUCUCAUCUGUAAUGUUGAGGUAGUAAUGUUCAUUUUUUAAAAUACAGACUGAAGUAAACUCACAACCAAAACAAGGGACUAUAUUUUUUUGUUGAAGAAGCAGGCCUGUUGUCUGGAAUUAUUCCACAAAAAAAGAAGACAAGCCAUGCUUAUAAGAAACAUAAAUAUCCACAUGGGUUAGAGAAGAGAAAAUACAUUAUAAGUUGUUAACUGUGUUAAAAAAUAAGUUGUAAAAAUAAUAGAUCCCUCACUCUUUAACUGAAGAGCCUUCAUUCUCACUUCUUUCAUUUAUUCAGUUCUUAUGCACUGACUGGGGUGGUUAAAAUAUUUUUUUGUAUAGUUUAAUGCAACCUCAUAAAUCUGACCUAUUGGUGGAAGGUAUAGGAAAACCCAGGGUGUGUUUUAAACUUAAAAUUCCUUAUGUUUUCUCCUGAGCACAUUUCCACUUAUUUUGACAUGGAUCUUCACAAUAAGAUUUACAAGAUAUUUUAUUAAAUGUUGAUUGCUAGAUGUAUUUAAAUAUUUGUACAGAAAGACGUUAAAUUAUACACUAAUAAAUUUAAGAUAAACUUUAAUUUUUCACAGAAAUAAUCAAGAUUGUACACAAAAGUGAUGCGAUUUCAUACAGUAGAAUAAUAUCAGAAGAAUAAUUAAAUUAAAAUUUGUUUUUCCUGUUGUAUAAAGCUACAUGAACAAUUUGAAAACCAUUUCUAUUUGAUUCUAACAUUUAUGUAGCAUAGCAUGGAAUAGAGCAAUAUUAUUCUUAAAAUUUCCAUUGCUAAACUUUUGUGGCGAUUUUUUUUAUGAUUUCAGUCACUGCCCAUUUUGGGACAAUAUAAAAACAUGAAAAUCAGCAUAACUCAGGAGCAGGCAGCCUGCCUCCUGGCCAAUGCUUUUUUCUGUACUUUUCCAAAAAGAAACUUCAAAGCUAGAGGCAGCAAACUGCCAGAUAUCAACUUUAGCAAGUAGGUUUGCUUUAAUUUUUUAAGUAGGUUUUGUAUUUAUUAGACCAGGUAAUUUUUAUUAAUAUCAUUUCAUGAGAGCUCAGCAAAGUGCAUAAAAGAUUUCAUUUGAACCCAUUUAACUCCUUAGCUACCAAAUUCAGUAGUCCAAAACUCUGUUUACACAUUGUUACAUUGAAGGGUAACUCUCAUUAUUAAUAUGAGCAAACUUACGAGACCAAAGGAGCUUACUGCCAUAUAUUUUGUCAUACCAUUGGGCAAAGAAUAUUAAAUAUGGUAUUUUUUUAUUCAGUGUUAGUAACCCAGUGAUUAUAUCACAAAAUUGAUUUAUUUAUAUGUUAAACCUUUUUGUAUUACAUUUAUAUUUAAUAUUUGUAGUUUCUCUCCUAUAGCUUGGAAUCAAUUGGUAUAAUUUUGGAGUAACCCCAGUUGAAUGGGUUAAAUAUGCUUUUAUCAAAUUUGUGUCAUAUUUAAAAUAAAUGAAUCUAAAAUUAUUUAAAUCACUUUUAUAGAUUUAGUAGGCAUAAAAAAGGCAUCAUAAAGUUACCUUAUGUGCGUGUAACUUAACUUAGGUUAUUUUUGUCCAUGUCGUGCAGUUUACUUCUGCAUGAAAUUUUAAUAAGUAAAUAAUAAUACCUUUUAUUUUUAUAUAUGUGUACUAUUUAAUCCAAUAAAAUUAUUUUUAUUAAAUUCUUAUUUGACAGUUUAUACAGUGGAUCACGGUCCAAUAGAAAAAUUGAAAAAUUGAAAUGCAUAAUUAACUACUUCAAGCGAGUCACUGAAAACAGUAAGUAGAAAAUAUUUCAUUUUCUAAACCUUUUUCUCAUGGCUAAUCUAUUUGUAUGCAAAUAUUUUCCACUAAAUCAAUGGUCUGCAAUUUUUGUUUUCAUUUUUACGCAUAGUACACAUUGGCCCUACCAAGAACUUCAUGGCAAGUAAAAAAAAACGUAUCCGGAAAUUUGAUCGAAAGAAAUUUCGUCGACGGUAAAUUGAUCAACAGAAAUUUGGUCGAACGGAAAUUUGGUCGAAUCAAUUUUUCAGUUUUUACGUUAAAAUCUUGCUUCAAAUUUCUUUUUGAACGCAUUAUUUUGUUUUACUAUAUAGUAUAGUGCGUUCAAAAAGAAAUAUAACGAAAAUUUUGACGUGUGGACUGAAAAAAAGAUUCGACCAAAUUUCCGUUCGAUCAAUUUACCGUCGACGAAAUUUCUUUCGAUCAAAUUUCCGGUAACCAAAAAAAACAUACAAUAUAAUAAUUUCAUUUUAGAUUGUGUUUUAUCUAAAUUGGGUGUGAGGCUUUUAAUUAUCUAUUGCAGUCAUGUUAUUUAUUAUUUUCUCUUUAUUACAGACCUGUUUACUCUUACGAUUUUGGCAUACAAUGUACAAUUUUUAGGUGUAUACAAUAUACAUUAUAUAUACUGUAUGUUUACAUUUUUUACUAUUAAGAUAAUGUAUUGAAUGAUUUCGUGAUGCUAUUGUACGAUUUUAAGAGUUUGAGGGUAAACAGGUCUGCUAUUUCAUUUACAGCAAGCUCUGAAUUUCAUUUUACUAUUAGUUUUUUAAGCCUUGAAAAUAAUAUCAAUUUUAAAGUUUACUUUUAAAAUAAAAAAUGUACCUUAAAUUGCUUUCGUUAUUCUAAAAUAAUAGUUUUAUUAUUCUAUUGCAUCCCUUAUUUCAUUUCCAUAAGCUAAACUUAUGUUCUAUUUCCCUGUAAAAAUGUUCAGUGCCAGUCGGGACACUAACUUACACACGCCAAUAUCUGUUUGACAAGGAUAUUCCAAACUGGAAAGAAAAUAGAUCAUAUUUGAACAAGCUAACAGUCUUUGAAAAUGGAACCAUUGAAGACAACGGGGAGAAUAUGCUACAAGUAAUUUUAAAAUACAACAUAAUUGAAAAAUAGACAGCAGCUAAAUAUGUACUAAAAUAUUAUAGGAACAAAAUAUAUAUGAUAUUCUAUUUGGCCAAAUAUAAUCCAAAAUGAUGAAUUUAAGCAUACUUUUAUCGUGACCAAGAAGAGUUUAUUAACAAGAGUAUACACUGACCAUCUCCAAUUGAUUCCACAGGCUGACUUUGCAAACAAAUACGUUGGUGGUGGCGCCCUUGGUCAAGGUUUAGUGCAAGAAGAGAUACGUUUUAUGAUAUGCCCUGAAAUGAUUGUGGCACGUCUGUUUACUGAAUGCCUUACGGAGAAUGAGGUUCUUAUCAUGACAGGUAAUUGAUAAUUUAUAGAUCACUUGUAAGGGAGGGAAUCAUGCACAGAGGAAGAACCCAAAAUGCAUCACAGGUUAUGGGAAAUAACACACAGGUGAAGGGAGCAAACCCUUACAUAAAAAGCUGUAUUAUAGUAAUACACUUCUGAACUGUAGGUGACUUCACAUUACUUUAAAAAAUAACUUAUUUUAUUGCUUUAUUUCGGUACCCAACAUUUAGUCAUAAAGAUGUAACAUGUGAUUAUUGCUAAUGUAUUUGUCCACUUCACUUUCCUUUAGGUUGCGAAAGGUUCAGUAGCUACACUGGAUACUCGGAUACUUUCAAAUUUGAUGAUAAUUUCAUGGAUGAAACUCAGAGGUUAGAUUUAUGAGAAGUAUUUAUGAGUUAAUGCUUUAGUAAUUGUGUUUUUAAAAUGAGGAAUUCAUGUCACUGCUGACAGCAGCUCUCUCUCCUUUCUUUAAAAUUUUUUCUCUAUUUCACAUAACUACAAUUUGCAUAUCAAAAAAUAUCCUCUAUCUCAUUAUAGUUUGCACUAUUGAAAUAUAAUUUUUUAUUUUAAUGGGUGGUGUAGGUCAAGUUAAAAAGUGCUAAUAAAAUUCCUUCAUACACUGCCGUUUGCCAGCUGGAAUGUUGCUCAGUGAUGAUCUGCCAUUCGCUGAUUUCUAUGUUGGCUUCCCUCUUGCUGCUUUUGCAAAUGUCUAUAAGUCGCAGCUGUGGCCAUCCAAUAAGUCUUGCCCCUUCUGCUCUCUAUACAGCAGAUUCUUUGGAAUGCGGCCUUCCUCCAUUCUCCUUACAUGGCAUAACCAGUGAAAGCGCCUCUUGCUAAGAGCGACAGAUUUUUGCCAUUCCAAUACCUCUGUGUUAGGCAUUUUGUCCUGCCAUCGAAUGUGUAAAAUCCGACGCACACAUCUUUGAUGGAAGCUGUUGAGUUUCCGCUCAUGACUGACAUAUGUGGUCCACACUUCACUGCCAUUUAGGAGCAUGCUAAGCACACAUCCCUGAUAGAUGCUUAGUUUUGUACUAUCAGUUACUUUAAGAUUAUUCCACUCUCGCUUAUUCAAUUUAGCCAUAGUUGCUGCAGAUUUUGCGAUCCCGAUGUUCAUCUCCUCAUCAACAGAGAGAGAACUAGAGAUAUUGAAUCCAUGCUCAACAACCGACAGAUGAUGGCCCUCAAUAGAUAUGCAUCAUGACAUUUGUUUUCUGACAGGCCAAACUUUAAAUGCAUGUGAGAGGCUAGCCGCUGAAGACCUUCUGUGUGCAAUGCUAAGGCAGCAUCGUCAGUGAAAAGCAGUACCUUUUUUACAUUGUUCUUUGCACAAAGGCGGGCAAUAUUGAACAGCCUAACAUCAAACCUGGUAUGGAUGUACAGUCUUUGUCUUCACAGUCCCUGAAGGCAAAUCAAAGAAGCAUCAAGAAGAAAAAUGGAGAAGAGUGUUGAUGCCAGUACACAACCUUGUUUUACUCCACUGGGAAUGCCUCAAAGACUGCACCAUUUAAAGUUACUGUGUUGUGCAUAUUUUCUUGAAAUGACUGUAUGAUUGUGAGCAGUCAUGGAGGACUACCUAUUCUAUGCAAGAUACUGAACAGGGCACUUGGACUUACCAAGUCGAAUACCUAAGUCAGAGGCUUAUGCUGGUCACGACACUUCUCUACCAAUGGGCAUAACGAGAAUAUCAUGUCUAUAGUUGAUAGCUAUAUUGGGGUAGAUGUGGUUAGCCUGAUUCUGCAAUUGUUUAAGUGUGAUGUGGGAAAUGUUUUUCCAACUAAGCCCAAGAGAGAAAUUCCUCGGUAAUUGUUGUACAUUUGUUUUAAAGUGUCUACUAUAUAAGUAUAAAAAAAUAACGUCUUUGGUCAAGAUCAAUUACACAACAUAUAAUUUGCAUAUGUGGAACUAACAAACAUGAAACAAAACAAAAAACACAAACAAACUUAACAUAGAUUUUAUUGAAACAUUUUUUUUAUAACCACCUGUGUACGUAAAUUAUCCCUUUUGUAAUCAAAUAAUUUCUUUAUUAAUGUUGGUGACAUGGGAGUUGGUGAAUCAUCAUAGAUCUUUUAACAUUGUAUUGGGUCAUGGGAUCUAUCAUUGUUUGGUGGUUCACAACUCAUGGAUACAUAUUUGUAUUUCAGGGACAACUGGGGCAGGAGGUCUACUGAAGUUGUGGCAAUGGAUGCCUUAGUUAUAAGAAAUUUCUCAGAUCAGUUCAAGUACCAUCAGUUGACCAGAGAACUUAAAAAGGUCAUGCCAUUUUUGAAUAACUAGUUUAUUUAAUUUAUAUACCGGUAUUAUGAGUUAAAUCCUCAAAUUUAUUUGAAAGAUUUGUUGGCUGAGACUUAGAUAACAUCAGACAAACGUUUAAUUUAUCAUUUUAAAUUUAAUUACUUACUAACUGUCAUGCUGUAAUAUUACUAAUAUCAGAUGUCACAAAUAAUAAUUCUCUAGGUAUCUCAGUAAUAGCUAUAACUCUGUGUUCAAUAGGCACGCACAUUAAACUCCCAAACAACUGCACCAAACAGUAUGCAAAUUUGUGUUCAAUAGCCUUUAUAAAUAAAAUUAAUAACUCUAAAUGGGAUUCUUAAAAACACUGAUACUAUUAAGUUGUUUUUAUGGAAAUCAAAUCAUUUUAAAUCUUAUAAAAGUAUGUUACUUCCAUGCAUGUCUUGUCAAGUAACAAGUUCAUGCAUGGCCACCACAAUUAUUUUUGUUCAGCUGGUUAUUUCUAUUCUAAUAUAUGAAAUAAACUUACAAACAAGCCUUAAUUAAAAUUUUAAGCCUGCACAUGCUAAUUAUGAACAAAAAAUUAUGUACCAAAAAUGAAAGCUUAAAAAAAAAGGGCAAUAGGUAGCUGAGUGUUGAAUAUAAAUAUGCUAAUUUGCAUAAAAUGUCUAACGUUAUUACCAAUGCCUAUUAUUAACCCCAUAAACUCCAUCUUUGUUCUUAAAAUUAAUUUUAAUUAAGGAUCUUCAAUGUCUAGGUCUAGGUGGAUUUAAAUAACAUUCGUAUCAGCAACCCUUUCGCGAUAGUGCUAUUAAUUUUACCUAACUUUGUUUUUUUCAGGCCUACUGUGCAUUCAGCGGAAAGUACAAAUAUGAAGAAUUUCAAGUAAAAAAUCUCAGACUGCCACCUGUGUGUACUGGAAACUGGGGAUGUGGAGCAUUUGGUGGCGACAAACAGGUGAAAGGUAAAAACAUUGUCAGUUGAUAUAUACACAUUGGUGUUCAUUGUGCUGCAAGGAACACUAAUAUAUAAGGGAAUGCGUUCAAGACUUAUUAAGUAAAUAAAUCUGUAACAAGAUAUGUUUAUGCUUGAAAAAAAAGACAGAAUGUCGCCUGAUGAAGGGAUCUUGCCGAAAAGACUGAUUGAUUCAAUUAAUUGUCAUGUAUUUCUUCCAAGCCUAAAUAUAUCUUGUUGCACUAUUUAUUUGCUGGAAGAAAGGAGUUUGUUGGGGGAGGGUUAUUAAGAUCUGAAUAUGACAAACUGAUUCAUAACUAUUACUAAUACCAAGAUGCCUGUCUAAACAUUGUAACAAAUAUUUUAGCUUUGAUCCAACUGAUGGCAGCAAGUUUGGCCGAACGGGAAGUGCAUUACUUCACUUUUGGUGAUGGUGAACUUAGAGAUCAGCUUGAGUAUUUGUACGAGACCAUCGUAAAAGAAAAAGUUACAGUCAGUAAGUUAAUCUUAGAAAUGUGUCAACAAAGUUUAGUGUCUUUAGCAUGGGCCAAGGUUGUUGCACAGAAGGUGCAUGGACUUGAAAAUGUUAAAUUUUGACUAGUGUUAAAGUUAAAAUGUGUAUGAAAAGUUUGAAGCUUUUUAAUAUGAGGGGAUUGAUAUUGUUUAUUUUAAUUUUUUUAUUGUAGAAAGACUACUUGAAGUAUAAUGUAAUAUUUGUAUCUUUUAUUUCAGGAAGUGCAUUUGGAUUGAUCACAGAAUAUGGACAGAACUUUUCAAAGUUACCAAGUGAUCUAACAUUAUUUGAUUACAUAUUUCAAAGUUUAAAUGUUGCUAACAGACCUAAAAGCAAGGUAAUUGAGAGACAAAGCAGCCAUAGAGCAGCUUUAACCAGUGAAGACAGUUCUGAUUAACUUAAAUCUUUACUCUGUUGUUCACUGUGCAGCAAUUAUUUGUUCUAACGUUGUCUGCAACUUAAAAACUCAUUGGAUAAGACUAUCUCCAACACUUUGCAAUCAUGACCAAUUGAAAUUCUGAAUGUUGGCUUAAAAUUUGGGGAUUUAGUUAGCUGAAGCGUUUAUUAAUACUAAAAAAUAACUUCCCCACAGGAAAAUUAUAUUAGAUCUUCACGCUAAUCAUUUUUUGUCAUUGCUUUUUUUCUCCUCAGAAUAAUGUGGAUUUUUAAACAAAUUUAUUAAAAAUAUUUGUUUAUAUUUAAAACCAUUUAUAAAUUGUAUUUUUAAAAAAAAGAAAUUUAUUUAUUUUUGUAACAUCAAGGCUUUGGUAAGCUACAAAUAAUAUAAUAUUUCAAUUUGUUUGGAUAUUUUCUCAAAUAAAAGAAAAUAUUUUCAGCCUUUCUUAAAAUUUAUUGAAUCAGUGUAGUAACUGUCUACUAUUUUUGAGAUUUUAAAUAAAGUUACUUAAAUAACUUAAAUAGACUUGCACUUUUUAAAAAAAAUAUGAAAUUGCUUAAAUUUUUUUUAAUCAUUUAAGAUUUAUUAAUUAAUCAAAAUGGUGGAUAGCUGGAACAGUUGGUUAAUGCUGUAUUACUCAUCUUUAUUGCAAAGUAUGAGACUCCCAAAUUAAAAUUUUUCACAUGAAAAAUUUUUUUAUAAGACUUAUCCCAACUUCUUGAUUAUUUCUAUUUUCAUUGUAGAAUUAAAUAUUGAAGAGAAGUAUCAUACUACUUUAGUCUGUUAAGCAUUAGAACUAAUUAUUUAAUUUUUUUUUUUUUUAAUAUCCAAUAAUCCUUUUCAGUUUAGUAGAUAAUGGAAAUAAAUAUUACAACUGCCUUAGUCCAAAACAUAUAACAUGUCCAUUUGUUUCAUUGACUCCAGCUGAUCAUCUCUUUUCAAUUUUUAAAUUUGUUUAUUUUAAAGUAUUUUUAAACAUUAACUAUCUAACUGAAAUUAAAAUGAGAAUCUGUAGAAAGUCAGCUGCUGCUUGCUCACCUUAGUAAUUUUAAUAUAAGUUUCAUGUUUUUUAGAGACUGGAACAAAAAAUGGUAAUUUUAACUAUUUAAUUCUCUCAAGUUUUCACCCCUCCUUCAUUUCAAAACCUAGAAACCAAUCAGGCACAUCACUGUUUAGAAUUAGAAUAGUUUUAUCAUUGCUGCUUUAAAAAUGGGAAUAAUAUCGAAUAAAAUAUUUUCUCAAUGUAUUUUAUUUUAGAGAACCACAUGUUUGUAUUUACAUACUUGUAUAUUUAGAAAUACUGGUAGCAAAAUCCUUUUUGUUCAAAUUCAUUUCAAAUCAGCCCUUCUCCAUAUAUAGCAUAUGCUCUUGAAAUAUUUGAAAAUGGGCAAGUCAAUAUGCUGUGGUGGGUGGGGGGGUUGUGUUAUUUAGAAAAUGCCCAAAAAACUUUUUAAAAAUUAAAGUGGUAUUUAUUUC